AUGCUUUCUGACUUUGUUUAUACACUUGGUUGUCAACUUUUAAUUAUGUUUCCAAUCUGGGCAGUUUCGACAUCGGGUGGAUAUUUCUGGAAACUAUUUAGAUUACCACCUCACGAAGCAACCAAAAUAGUUUUGUCAAUGACCGUUUAAUAUAACAUUUUCAGACAUUAUUAGGUGCUUCAACAGUAUUUCAAGGCGCAACCUUAGUUUUUUGCUUCAUUGAAAAACAUCAAGUUAUCAUGCAACUUGGCAGCGUCAAAAAAUUUAUGUUAAAACCCAUUUCAAGAUAUAUUCUAGCUGUUUCUACAACAAUUUGUGCUUUAUCUGUCCCAACAUUAUUUUACUGCGGAAAAAUUAGCAGAGAAGAAGCAUUGAUUGAAAUUCAACUUUUUUAUCCAAAAUUGUUAUCAAGUUUUGAAAUGAUGGAGCAAUUUUCAUAUUUCAAAAAAAGUGAAAUAUUUGAUAUUCUUGUUGUAAUAUCAGUAAUAUUUGUUUGUUUCGGAUCUUGUUUCUGUUUUAUAAUGACAUUUCAUAUGAUUGUUGUAUUCAAUGCGAAAUUAAGUACAAUUUCAAACGCAAGAAAACAAAUUCACAAAAAAGCAUUACAAAAUCUUCUAGCACAGGUACCCGUAUUUUCAAUCACUAAAUUUCUCAAUAUCAUUUUAGGCUGCUACAUUUAUUAUGCUUGUUAUUCCGUUAGCUGUAAUAUUAAUCGAUAUGACAAUUGGAUUCAAGAAUAGAAAUAUUUUAUUGGUAAAUGAAUUGGUUUUCACAUCUCAUUCUUCAGUUAAUAGUUUUGUUAUGAUUUGGACCGUGAAAGAAUAUCGACUUUUUGUUUUCCCAUGUUUUUAUUCGAAACCUUUAUUGAAAAAUGGUCAAUCAGAAUUUUUCAAAACCCAAGUUUAUUGA